UGUGUGUGUAUAAAGGCAGCUGCUCAGGUAGCUCAGGUGCACUCUCUUUGGUCAGCUGGUCAGUUUGAGCUGCAGCAGAUCAGAAACACCUGAACAGACCAUGGCUCCUCGGCCUGAGCUCGGCAGUGACCCUGCAGUUCCUCCUCCAGAUCUCGAUGGUAAAGACAGUAAGAUCACAGAGUCUAAGGACACGCUGGUAUUGCCAGCGUACUCCACCGUGGCCCUGGUGGACCCGGAGCCUGAGGUCGACCCGUGGCAGCUUCCUGAGCUGCAGGAGUCGGGGCCGAAGUGGUCAGAGCUGGACACCAAGGGGAAGAUCUUCCAGGUUGUGACCUCAGUGGCCAGGUUCUGUCUGCUGCUGGGGUUCCUCUACAUGUUCGUCUGCUCACUGGACGUCCUGAGCUCCGCCUUCCAGCUGGUUGGAGGGAAGGCUGCAGGCGAUAUCUUUCAGGACAAUGUGGUUCUGUCGAACCCUGUGGCGGGGCUGGUUAUUGGAGUGCUGGUCACUGUGCUGGUUCAGAGUUCCAGUACUUCGUCUUCCAUUGUCGUCAGCAUGGUGUCUUCUGGAUUGUUAGAGGUGCAGUCAGCAGUGCCAAUCAUCAUGGGGGCCAAUAUUGGCACCUCCGUCACCAACACCAUUGUGGCCGUCAUGCAGGCAGGAGACCGCAACGAGUUCCGCAGGGCGUUUGCUGGAGCCACCGUUCAUGACUUCUUUAACUGGCUGUCCGUGCUGGUGCUGCUUCCCCUGGAGGUGGCCACGGGCGUUCUCUAUAAGCUCACCAAACUCCUCAUCGACUCCUUCAAUAUCCAGACCGGCCAGGAUGCCCCAGACCUUCUCAAAGUCAUCACAGAGCCACUCACCAAGAACAUCAUUGAGCUGGACAGUUCCGUAAUCAGCGACAUCGCAAUCGGUGACCCCAGUGCUCGGAACAAGAGCCUGAUCAAAACAUGGUGUAAAAAGCAGAAAAUUACGAACCUGGUGAACAUCACAGUGCCUAGUGAAGCUAACUGCACCAUAGGAGCCCCCUGCUGGGAGAUAAACAACGAGACGUGGACACAGCAGAAUGUAACAGAAACUGUGAACAUAGCCAAAUGUACCCAUCUCUUUGUGUCGACAGAUCUUCCUGAUUUGGCAGUUGGCCUGAUCCUGCUGGCUCUGUCGCUGCUGGUCCUCUGUACCUGCCUCAUUCUCAUCGUCAAGCUGCUGAACUCCAUGCUGAAAGGCCAGGUGGCCGUCGCCAUCAAGAAGGUGCUCAACACAGAUUUCCCCUUUCCAUUCGCCUGGGUCACGGGUUAUCUCGCCAUCUUAGUGGGAGCAGGAAUGACCUUCAUCGUGCAAAGCAGCUCUGUCUUCACCUCCGCCAUUACUCCUCUUGUUGGUAUUGGUGUUAUUAGCAUUGAGCGAGCCUAUCCUCUUACUCUGGGCUCCAAUAUCGGAACAACAACGACUGCUAUUCUCGCAGCUAUGGCCAGUCCUGGAGAAAAACUGGCCAACUCUCUGCAAAUCUCGCUCUGCCACUUCUUCUUCAACAUCUUUGGCAUCCUCCUGUGGUACCCCAUCCCUAUCACCCGUGUGCCCAUCCGCCUGGCCAAAGCUUUGGGCGAUCGCACAGCCAAGUACCGCUGGUUUGCCAUCGUCUACCUCAUCUUGUGCUUUUUCGUCAUGCCUCUGUUGGUGCUAGGACUGUCCAUCGCUGGCUGGCAGGUUCUGGUGGGGGUCGGGGUGCCAAUCGUUGCUCUGUUGAUCUUCGUGUUGGUGGUGAACAUCAUGCAGACCCGCUGCCCACACUUCUUGGUUCCCAUGCUGCGCAGCUGGGACUUCCUGCCCAAGCCUCUCCACUCUCUCAAGCCGUGGGACCGCGUGGUGACCAGCGUCAUGGGCUUCUGCGGUGCCCACUGCUGCUGCUGCUGCAAAUGCUGCAAGAAGGGAAAGGCAGAUGGCGAGAACGAUGAAGGGUUGGAGAAGAAGAAGGGGCUGGAGAUGUACGACAACCCUGCGCUCUGUGUGGAGGAUGAGAAGAUUCAGACCAUAUCUGGAACACAUUUGUAGCAUGUAGUUUAGUGUAUAGCUUUUACUUAUUAUUAUAUAUAUAUAUAUGUAUACAGUUUAAGGCUUGUUAUGUAGUAUACUUUAAUGUUCAUGUUCUGUGGGGCUUGAUGGAGCUGAGAAGCAUUCUUCUUCUUAUAAUUUUUUGGUAUUAUUCUGUGGUUGCCAAAUAAUGGUUCCUCUGGGAGAAUCAGAGAACCAAUGGAGGCCCAACAGAGAUAUGAUAACAGGGAUCUUAAGAACACUUCAUUAGACCAAAUGUAGCAAUAGAUAAUCUCUUUGAAUCAAGGGUCACACAUAGGUAGAAGUUUUAGUUCACUGCUUCUUCAUUCUGGAGAAAUGUAUUCUGAUAACACCCUUGAUUCAUCUCAUCAGCCAAUGAUCCUCACAAUCAAUUGCAGAACAUUGGCUGUAUUACUUAAACGCUCUCCUCUUUUUCAUUCUAUUCAUUUGUGACUCACAUCUGGAGUAACAAGGCUAAGAAUAAGGGUUGUUAUUUCUUAAUUCGGCUGUAUAAUUGCAAAGAUAUUAUGAAAAGAGAAACGCCAGCGAACUGAGUUCCUGGGCCCUAGAGGGUUAAUGUUGAGAAAACUGAUUUUUUUCUAAAGGUUCUGUUUCUCUGCUUUUUAACAUAUUCUUCAGUUACACCUAGCACUAAACGUGCAAACUAUGCAAACUGAUCAUUCUGUUUGUAUUUGUAAAGCCAGUAAGCUCUCAUUAAUGUGCAAUGCAACUUAAAAAAUGACCUUCCUCAUUUCUCCUCGAGUAGAACACUAUAGAUAUUUUUGUUUAAAACUAUUUAAAGAGUUUUAUUUUUGAAUAUUUGUAAAGAACUCCAUUUAUGAACUCAGAUUUUCAAGUGUUAUACAAUAUAUAUAUAUAUAUAUAUAUAUAUAUAUAUAUAUAUAUAUAUAUAUAUAUAUAUGUCAAUAUUCACAGUUUUGACAAGUUUAGGGAACUUUUGUAUACAAUGUUUUAUGAAACAUAAAAAACAUAUAAGACACAUGACUGCUGUGCAAGGAUCACUGUAGACUGUCUACUUGUACUGUAUAUAAGGAUUUUACAACAAACAUAUAUGUAAAAUAAAGACUGUAAAUAAAUAUUUAAACAAAAAUGAAA